CUGUGCUCGCGCAGCUCGCACCCUGAAGCGCGCUCUCGUGCCUGACUCGAGGACGCAGCGGCUAAAGCUAAAAGAGCAGCGGGCGAGUAGGCCCGCGUCUGCUUGGCAUAAAUACGUCGUCGUUCAUUUUGUUCCGACGGACCCUUCGACCAGCUGGGAUUUCAAACGCGCCCGAUCAUAUGUGUGUGAAGGGGCAAAGGAUAGCGCAAGAUGGUUCGGGAAACCAGACACCUUUGGGUGGGAAAUUUGCCCGAACACGUUCGAGAGGAGAAAAUUGUGGAGCAUUUUAAACGGUAUGGACGUGUGGAGAGUGUUAAGGUCCUGCGGAAGCGAGGGUCAGAGGGCGGCGUUGCAGCCUUUGUGGAUUUUGUGGAUAUCAAAAGCGCUCAGAAGGCACACAAUGCCGUCAACAAGAUGGGGGACAGGGACCUUCGGACUGACUACAAUGAACCUGGGUCAGUCCCAAGUGCUGUUCGGGGCCUUGAUGACAGCUCCCCCUCGAGCAGUCGGGACGUUACAGGAUUCUCUAGGGGAACAGUUGGACCUGUCUUUGGCCCCCCUGUGUCCCUUCACACCAGAGAGGGGCGUUAUGAACGGAGAAUAGAUGGUAGCUCAGAAACCCGCGAACGUGCGUAUGACCACAGCCCAUAUGGACACCAUGAGCGAAGUGGCACUUUUGACAGACAGCGGCACUACAAUGCGGACUAUUACAGGGAGCGCUCUUUGUUUGCUGCUGCUGGUCCAGGGAGCAGUGCCAUCAGCGGAACCUUUGAGGCAUCAGACCCUCAUUUUGACUCUAGAAUUCGAGACCCCUUCUCUCUUGCGACUGCGACACGACGCGACCUCUACAGAGACGACAGAGGACGACGUGUUGAUAGAACGUACCAUCACCGUCGGAGUCGAUCGUCCCAUUCCUCACAGUCUCGACACCCUUCCCCCCAGCGGACAACUGGACAGACCUCCAAAACUGCUCAUUCCCCUAAACGAGCCCCUCUGUCCCCUGGAAGAGGCCCCCGAUCUCAAUCCCGCAGCAGAUCUUCAAGCUCUGAUUCCGUGAGCAGCACCAGCAGUACAGGCAGUGGCAGUGACUCCAACAGCAGCUCAAGUGAUGGAUCACGAGCGCGUUCUGUUCAGUCGUCAGCUGCUCACGCGCCACCUCAGUCAUCAAUGGUGCUUGACUCGGAUGAGCCACGUAGAAGCUUUGGGAUUAAAGUGCAAAAUCUCCCGGCACGAUCGACAGACACAAGUUUAAAAGACGGACUAUUCCAUGAGUUCAAGAAACAUGGCAAAGUGACCUCCGUGCAGAUCCAUGGAGCAUCAGAAGACCGCUAUGGUCUGGUGUUCUUUAGACAGCAAGAGGAUCAAGAGAAAGCCCUUAGCGUCCCUAAAGGAAAACUGUUCUUUGGCAUGCUGAUUGAAGUCACUGCAUGGAAUGGUCCUGAAACGGAGAGUGAGAAUGAGUUCAGGCCCCUGGAUGGUAGGAUAGAUGAAUUCCACCCAAAAGCCACCAGAACAUUAUUCAUUGGCAACCUUGAGAAGACGACCAGCCGUGAACAACUGUUUGAAAUUUUUCAACGCUUUGGAGAAAUUGUCGACAUUGACAUCAAGAAAAUAAAUGGAGUUCCCCAAUAUGCGUUUGUACAAUAUUCUGAUAUUGCAAGUGUCUGCAAGGCCAUUAAAAAGAUGGAUGGCGAGUAUCUUGGCAGUAACAGACUAAAGCUUGGUUUUGGGAAAAGUAUGCCCACAGCUUGUGUUUGGCUCGAUGGGCUAACAACCAAUAUCACAGAGCAAUACCUCACGCGCCAUUUUUGUCGUUACGGUCAUGUUGUCAAGGUUUUAUUUGACAGAAUGAAAGGGAUGGCCCUCAUCUUUUACAACAACACAGAUUUUGCUCAAACCGCUGUAAGAGAGACCAAAGGCUGGAAGAUUGGAGGCAACAAAAUUAAGGUGGACUUUGCAAGUCAAGAGAGUCAGUUGGCAUUCUUCAGAGCUAUGCAGACAUCUGGCCAAGACAUCAGAGAACUUUAUGAAAUUCCUCCUGAACGACGGGAGGAUCGCAGACCGCUCUACCAUGAAUUCACAGCAGAGAGAGCUUACUAUGAAACUAUACGAACGCCUGGCCUUUACCCGGAAGAUGCCCGGAGAGAGUACGCUGCUCGCAGUCGGGACCGUUUCCCUGAAUUGGAACAUUUUCAGGGAGAACAUUAUGACCCACGAUACCAUGAAGAUCCACGGGACUACAGGGAAUACAGAGAUCCCUUUGAGCAAGACAUUAGGAAAUACACAUAUAUUCAAAGAGAGCGGGAACGUUUUGAAGCUGACCGAAACAGAUGGAGUCCUUCUCACCAUCGGCGGCCUGUUACCCCAGCAGUGUCGCCAUCACCCUCUGAGCGGGCUCCCAGGGAAUCAGAGCGGCGAGUUUAUAGCCAGUCCUCUGAGAGAAGUGGGAGUGUCAGCUCACUCUCACCCCCACACUUCGAAAAAUCUGAAAAGACUUUGCUUGAACAUGCCUCAAAGAGUGACAAGAGCGAAAAGAGCAGUCAACCUGAUCGAGUGGUGGGCUCCGAAAAGACCAAGCGGCCCAAACGAAAAGAGAGAGGUGAAAAAGCAGAAAGAGUCAAAUCCAGGAAAGUAAAGGGGCAAUCUCCAUCCAAUACACUACCAGACACAGAGCUCGAUGCUGCUCUUGAGGUAGGCCCUGGACGAGGAAAGGGAGCUGAACCAGAUGCCCAAGAUAGGCAGAAAUAUAAGGGCGAUAAUGACUCUAUUACGGGAAGUCAAUUCUCAGCUGCCCACCACGAGUCGGUGAAAAGCGAAAGAUCUGAAACGGUUAAAGGGGAUAAUUCUGAUAUGGAUGGAAAAAAUCGACUCAAGAAACAUAUUAAAACUGAGAUUGGAAAUGAUGGGAAAGACUCAUCGAUGGAUUCAGAUCGCCUUGCAGCAAGAAAAAGGCGCUUUGCUGAGUCAGGUGGAAGGACUAUUCACCAAAAGCGAAGCAGGCUUGAUGAAGAAGAUUCUAAUCAAUCGCAAGAAGCGAGUGUGAUAGCACCAUAUGGGAAAGAGAUAGACUCUGAUAAACACAAAGAUGCUCUACGGAGAGAUUCUAGAUUUAAAAGUGGAAUCCCAAAGGAUGUUCAAGAGGACAUAAAAGUACUCAGAGAGAAAUCUGAGGGAUCGUUGGACCGUUCUGAGUCAAAGCGACUUCCAGCCCACACGACAUCCCGAAGACUUUCACUUGAGGGUAAUUCAGACCAAGGCUCUUUGAGAGAACAGGAACACAGUGCCAUUUUCAAAAGUAGUGGUCAGGUGCCUGAAAUUUCCAAAAGCAUCAAGAUUAAGGAGGAGCCAGUAGACAUUGACCUGUCUCAGAGUUACCGCAAGCAAAUGGAGCAAAAUAGACGGUUGCAUCAGCAGCAACAUCGAGAGUCUGACAAACCUGGAAAACCGGACAAACCAGGAAGUCCGCACGAAAGUGAAAGUGAUGACUUGGAACACCGCAGUCUCGUGCAUGAAGUUGGCAAACCACCUGAGGAUGUCACCGAUAAUUUCCCCUCUCACAAACAAAAGAAACUCGACCUGUUUGACACUGAAGGAAUUAAGAGAGAGCGUGUCUAUAGGAGCUUCAGGCAAAAAAGUGAAGAUCCUGACUGGAACAACACUUCCUCUCCAGGACACCAGUUUUCCCACCAUACAGAGGAGGACUUUGAUCAUUUGCAGAAAGAACUUGCCAAAAAUGAAAAAAUGAACCCCGAUUUGGAGCUGCUUGUCAAAAGCACACACAAUACACAAGUAAACAAAUCCAACACUCUGAAUCCAGAAGAGGAGCAACAAAAGCGAUGGGAGAGUAGAGUAAAACGAAACAUGUUACCUGAACUAAAGUUUUCUAGGACUCUCAACAAAAAUAUUCAUAACCGCAAACGUUUGGAAUAUGGGGUUUGGCAUGAUAUCGAGCCAGGGGAGGUAAGAUCAGACUCCGAAGAGGAUCGAGAAGCCAAACCCUGUUCUCCUGUGGCAUCUACUUCAAAGUCUUUUUCAGAGAGGCCGAGGGGGGAGAGAUUUUCAGACCCCAAAAUGGCACAUCUUGAAAGAAAUAAAUUCUACUCUUUUGCACUUGACCAGACAAUCACACCAGAUACAAAGGCUUUGCUUGAGCGGGCAAAAUCCCUCUCAUCUUCCAGAGAUGAUAACUGGUCCUUCUUGGAUUAUGAUACUCACUUUGCAAGUUUCCGCAACCGGAAGGAUACCGAGAAGAUAGAAUCAACACCACGGCCUACACCAUCGUGGUACAUGAAAAAGAAAAAGAUUCGAAGUGGAUCUGAAGAUAAACUUGAUGAUCGAAAAGAGGAGCCAAAGCCAGAAGAGCAAGAACGAAGGGAGUUGUUUGCCUCCCGCUUCCUUCACAGCCCUAUUUUUGAGUUGGACACCCGACGGCUUCAGCAUCUGGAGCGAAAAUAUGAAGAAGCUGAGCAAACGCAAAAUCAGCAAAGUAAUCAGCAUGGAACUACAGAUGGUGAACUCGACUCGGGUCCAGUGGUGCUUUUCCAUAGUCGUUUUUUGGAACUUACAAGAUUGGAACAACAAAAGAAUAAAACCCAAUCACAAGAAAUGAUAGCAGAGAUAAACGUUGAAAAAACAUCAACGGAAGAGCCACAGAUGUUGCAAUCACCUGAAACGAAAGACUCUAUCAGUGAGCCAGAAAUAAAGCCCAUCAGUCCUGCUGAGGAGUUGGUUUCUGAACCCAGAGAAACACCCCCUAUCCCACAUACGGAGCUAAAAGACCUUCCUCCUAUAGAACAGACGUCUCCAUUACCCACUGAGCCAUCUCCCCCUGUGGUUUUCAUAAAACAGGAAAAAGAAAUUGAACAUCUGCCAGUGCAUUAUCCACCAACCGAGCCUACCGCUGAGUCAGAAGCUCCAUGUGUCAAACAAGAAGCCAGUUAUUUAGAGGCUCCUUUUAAACUAUCUCCACCUGAAAUUAAACUGGAUGAUGUUACCGAUGCCAAACCUGGUGUAGAAGAGCCGAGCAGCUGCAAUUUGCAUGAGUCUGGGAGUAGUUCAGAACCAGAGGUUGUUUCUUUGUCAACGCAGACUGAAGUCUCCCAAGCCACAAGAUUCACACUACCUUCUCACGAAGAGUGUCUAGUGAAGAAAGAGACGUACUGCGCAGUUUCAGAGCCCGAAGAAGAAAAACAGCUUAAAGUCAGUAAAGAGCCCAGCGCUGACACUAACACAGGGGGAAACUCUGCCCAUAAGGAACAUAAAACAAAAGAACUGAAAGCUAAGAAGAGUAAACCAUCCCCAGCUGAAGUUGCCUUAACUCUUGUGCCUACGUCAGCUCCUGAAAAACAAGCCACGCGAAAGAGUGAACGCAUUGACAAAGAGAAACUGAAACGUGGGUCCUCUCCAAGGGCGGAAUUUAAGUCUACCGGCAAAUCUCCCCUUCAUGGCUCGGAUGCUGAUGUCUCAGAACAGAGCAUAUCAUCAGGCAGAGCAAGACGUAGGAAUGUGAAGUCUGUUUAUGCGACCCCAGUUGAAGAAGAAACCCCGGGUCGCACUGCAAAGGAUAUUCAAGAGUCCCCACGUUCUGCAAGAAAACGUGGCACAGAUAAGGAUCCUACACAGCAGCAAAACAAUGAGCAGGAUUUACCGGUUCCCGCUCCCACUCCUCCAGUGAAACGGGGCCGCCCUCCCAAGAAUCGUAGGCAGGGCGAAGAUGCAGCUAAAAUGGACAAAAAAAUGGAAAACAAAGAUGGAGAUCCAAAUGAAUCUGAGAGUUCUGAAAGAAACCCAAGAAAUUUGAAGGGAAAAUUCUCCCCGAGUGCCACAAAAGGUUCAACGGGUCAGUUGUCGACAGCACAACUAAGUGGAUCCACAAAGAAGGGAGAAAAAUCAGAGCUGACCGAGGGAAAUGAUCAGGAAAUGGAUUGCACUGAUGAGAGUACCUUGGCUUUGCCAGACUCCUCUAAAGAACCCCAAUCACCUCAAGUUGACCAAAAGAAAGGAGAAAAAAGAGAAAUGGUCAAAGACAACCAGGCUCUGAAUGAAAAGAUUUGUGAAGGUAAAUCAAACAGCAAAGAGGAUUAUCCCCCUGUGUUGGAAGAAAAAAGCACCACAGAAAAAGAUAAGCCUGUGAAAGGAAAAAACAAGUCGCCAAGGACCCCGAAGUCUCCGGUUCUGAAGAACCUCAAGAUCAGGUUAAAUGUCAAAGAGGUGAAAGAUCAUGUUUCAAAGUGCACCAGCAAAGGGGUUAACAAUGACGACUGUGAAACGUCAUCUUUGGAAAAAAAGGAGCAUCUGGAAACAUCAAAAAGUUUAAGUUCACAUGAGAUGGAAUUGGAACAGGCCGUGGAGAACAUUGCCAAACUCACAGAUCCGUCUUUUCCAAGUGAACCUCAAACGUCAACUGGCCCAAUCACAGACUUGAAAAGUUUCUCAGAUGAAGAAAAACCUAAUCCAGCUAGUGAAACAGAACUCAUUGCCGCCAUCGACUCCAUUACUGAUGAGGAUUUAGCCGUCUCUUUAUCCCAAGCACCAUCUCUAAGUGUCGACAUAAGUUCAGAAACAGAGAUUCAAGACUCGGUUCAGCCCGCCAAGGAACCGGAAUCGGAAUCGAGUUCUGUUAAGACGCAACAGGAGCCUCCCCCACCAGCCACACCCAAAAAGGGCCAGAAGGGAAGACCUAAAUCUAUCAAGCGUACUAAAAGCCAAAAGCAAGCACGGAAAGAUUCAAAAGAACCUCCCCUAAGUGAAGAGGCAUCAACUCUUUCAGUUCAGAACACCGCUUCCACUGUAAAGGUUGUCCCAGAAAUUGCUCCAUCAGCAGCUACUGCUGCUGUUAUCACCCCCACCACAUGGAAGCCAGAGCAAGAGCCUCCAGCUGUCAAGGCACCUGAGGUGAAAGAGUCAGAAUCGCCUACCGAAGAGCAGAUUCCACAUAUCAAAACUGUUUACCCCCAGUCUAAAAGUCCAGUGGGUCCAAAGCCACAUUCACCCUCCCUGUCACCACUAGCAUGCAGACCGAAUAUUAAACCGCUUCAGAACAGUAGAGCGCCUGUCUCGCCACCAGAUUGGAUCCGCCACUCUGUAAGUACAGUGGUUACUUCUGCACCGGCCUUGCCAUUAGCGCCCAAGGAUAAACAACCUUCACCUGACUCUGAAAGUAUGGAUAUUGAUCGUGGCUCAAGCGAUCUGAGGCAGAUUCUUUUGAAACACAAAACCAUUUCUCUGCCGGGGAGCAGUUAUGUACCUACUAAUCUACCUGCAGUCCAAGAUCAGAUCCACACUGAGCACAAUACUACUUUAACACUUGUGCCAAAUAAAUCGCCGCUACCCGAAUGCCGGAUGUCAUCUCAGUCUGUUCGAACACCCGCCACACAACCUUCUCCCGAGACCAAGUCUGUGAUUUCUGUCAUUGCGUCCACUGCAUUGCACUCCUCCGUUAUUAGUCGUGUUUGCAUUCCUCCUGAACCUGAAGACAAAAUGAACCUCAACAUUGGUAACCAGGCUGCGGACAUGGCUCUACCGAAACACAACUACAGGCCCAGCAAAGAUGAUACUGGACCCUACCACGGACCCACGAUUGGUGAUGACGGGGGAACUGCGACACGCUUUAUUGUUGAAAGUUCCACUCUCAGUACAGGAUCUUGCCCGGGUCUCAGGGUCAACACAUCCGAAGGAGUAGUGGUACUCAGCCACUCGGGACAAAAAACGGAGGGACCCCAACGGAUAAGUGCAAAAAUAAGUCAAAUUCCCCAAGCAACAGCAGGUGACAUGGAAUCUCAGCAGCUGGUAUCCAUGCCGCAAAUCAAACCGGAAAUAUACAGUCAUCCACAGUCAGGCCUUUCGAAAGGGUCUUUCCAGACAGAUCAUGGCCACUCUGGUAAGACUCAGUCGAGUUUUUCUUCGAAUAAACAAGAAGGCACGGGUUUGGAGAAAAUGGAGCCUGCCUAUCACUCGGGUCCUCAAGGAGUGGUGAAGCGUCUUGCGCAGGGAGUUGGCAAUCAGAGUUUGAGCUCGAUGUACCACCAGGAGUACCUGCCUACCAAACAUCAAAAGAAAAUCGACAGUGGAGAUUCACAUAGUUCAGAUGGUUCGAAGGCGCAAUGGGCCUCUGCCAUAAGUCCUGCCAUCAGUCCACAUUUGCCGUCUCCCCCUGGAAAUCACGUGGGUUUUGUCACGGCCGGCGGUGAGAGAACUCCUUCGCAUCUCAGCGGCAACAAGCAGGAACCGCGAUCCCCACGCAAGUCAAGUCAUCCCCAUUCUCCAUUUACCAAAGUGUCCUCGCCCAUUGGGUCUUCCUCACCUAAGGGCAUACCAGUGAUGUUACCCACCGGGCUUCCCGCCAUGCAACAGUUUAUCACGGGCGUGCAUCAUCCGGAGCAGUCCGUUAUCAUGCCGCCUCAUAGUGUGCCUGGCGGUUUGGGACGAAUGUCACCUCAUCCCGCCACCCAGUCGAUCCCGGUGGGACAUCUCGUCCAGGGGGAUGCUCGGGUCAAUACUCCUCCACUCUCCGUGAUGAGUUACGGGAUGCAUAGCGAGUCUCUUACGUCUCCCUGGCCCGGUUCCAUGCAGCAACAACCGACUUCACCCCAAACUGUCGGCAGGGACAAAGUCCUCAAGGUGAACCCGAGUGCUUUGAGGAGUCACGACGUCGAUCAAGACGAUUCGAGACGCUUCCACCAGCAAGGACGGCAACCUGCCGCACAGUUGAAACCGGAGACGAUGCAGUCAGAUCCUCGUGGGGGGUUCCGAAGCGGCGUGCCAAUCGACGCGUUUAGGACGCAGAGAGACAUGCGUGCACUCCUCCACCAACAAGGCGAGCGUUCGUCCACAGACGCUCAUUCAGGGCACCUUCAAGAGACUCACCCCCCCGCCUCUGCACCUUCCACUUUACCGAUGUCUUUGUCUCCCAGGGCGCAUAUUCUGCCUAAAGGUGUUUCUGAGAAGGAUGUCGCAAAGCCAUUGGAGGCUAAAAGGCCCCACUCCCCUCUUUCUAAAGAUGGACUAAUGGGAAUCCGGCAGCCAGGACCUACAAUAUCAUCUCCCCAGAGAGCUCCGCUCAUGCCACCAGGACUAAGUGGCGCCUUCCCAGAGUACACUCAGAUGUACUCGAACCCAAGAGGCGUCCAUUCCCAGAUGGCUGACACAACACAUGUUGUUCCUGAUGGGAAGAUUUCACAGCCUGUUAAUAUGGUGCAGUUGCUCACAAAAUACCCGAUUGUUUGGCAAGGGCUACUUGCGCUAAAAAACGACACAGCAGCAGUCCAGUUGCAUUUUGUGUGCGGCAACAAAGGUUUGGCUCAUCGAUCACUGCCCCUCCAAGAAGGUGGCGCCUUCCUCAGAAUUGUCCAGAGGAUGAGACUUGAGGCCUCUCAGCUGGAGAGCGUCGCCAGACGAAUGACAGGGGAGUGUGACUUCUGUCUUCUGCUUGCUUUGCCUUGUGGGCGAGAUCAAGAUGAUGUUCUGAACCAGACGCAAGCUCUUAAGUCCGCCUUUAUAAACUACUUGCAGACAAAGUUGGCGGCUGGCAUUAUUAACAUCCCAAAUCCAGGUUCCAAUCAGCCUGCCUACGUGCUACAGAUUUUCCCACCAUGUGAAUUUUCAGAGAGCCACUUAUCUCAGCUGGCGCCCGACCUUCUCAAUGGGAUUUCCAGUAUCUCUCCUCACCUCAUGAUUGUCAUCACCUCUGUGUGACCUUCACUGCGAGGGACUCUGCCUCAUGGAUAGAUCAAAGAACCACAGAUGAGCCUCAGGAAACCAGAGGAAUGCGAGACUUUUUUUCUUUUUCUCGUCAGUCUUUUAACCUCCCAACCUUGUGUCAUCCCAUGUCUGGUCUUUUUGUCCUUCUCAAAAGAACUCAGGGAUGGACCAAACCAGAAUCACGUCUCUCUUCUCUUUUUUUUGAGCAUUUCUGCUGUAUUUCUAUUUAUUGGAGUUUGACUUUUCUGUGAAGAAAAAAAUUAGAAUGCUUGAGGAACAAGAAUGAUUGACUGAGCUUUUUAUUGAUUUUCUGCCCCCACAAGAGGAUCAUGGAUGUCAAAACAAGACAUUUCAUUGUGUAAUUUUAAAUAUGUACAGACUGCCUCUACUGUGCUUUUCUUUAAGGGGAGGACUAAUAAAACAGAGACCCUGCAGAGGACCACAGAUUUUAAUUCCACCAGCUUGGUUUACCCCCGCCGCCCCCACCCUCACCCCAC